GGCUCAUCAAUUCAAUCGUGAAUAGACUUUAGCAGCGCGCAAAUCGUAGAACAGAACGGCAUAUUUUUUUUUAACACUGCGAGGCGAGCUUCUUCUUCCCUCCGUCUCUCUGUGUGUGUGUGAGUGUGCUGCCUGUGUGUGUUACAGCUUGUGUACGUGAGUGUGUAUUGGCAAAGGAAAUUAGCACAACAAAAGCGAAAAGGAAACGAACACGCACGCACCUCGUCACGCGGAUAAAGAAAAAACUCUUCGAUCUGAUCAGAGAUAUCGAGAAUAAACGAUAAAAACAAACAAUAUCGCAAUGUCGUCCGAAGUGGAAUCGCAGCAGAGCCAGGAGACGAACGGCAGCAGUAAAUUCGAUGUGCCCGAGAUAGAAUUGAUCAUAAAGGCCUCGACCAUCGAUGGCAGGCGGAAGGGCGCCUGUUUGUUCUGCCAGGAGUACUUCAUGGACCUGUAUCUGCUGGCCGAACUGAAGACGAUCAGCCUGAAGGUGACGACGGUGGAUAUGCAGAAGCCGCCGCCCGAUUUCCGCACCAAUUUCGAGGCCACACACCCGCCCAUCCUCAUUGACAAUGGGCUGGCCAUUCUGGAGAACGAGAAGAUCGAGCGGCACAUCAUGAAGAACAUACCGGGCGGCUACAAUCUGUUCGUCCAGGACAAGGAGGUGGCCACCCUGAUCGAGAACCUGUACGUCAAGUUGAAGCUGAUGCUGGUGAAGAAGGAUGAGGCUAAGAACAACGCCCUGCUCUCGCAUCUGCGCAAGAUCAACGAUCAUCUGUCCGCGCGCAACACGCGCUUCCUCACCGGCGACACCAUGUGCUGCUUCGACUGUGAGCUGAUGCCGCGCCUGCAGCACAUCCGUGUGGCGGGCAAGUACUUCGUCGACUUUGAAAUCCCGACGCACUUGACGGCCCUGUGGCGCUACAUGUAUCACAUGUACCAGCUGGACGCCUUCACACAAUCGUGCCCGGCCGACCAGGACAUUAUCAAUCACUACAAGCUGCAACAGAGUCUCAAAAUGAAGAAGCACGAGGAGCUGGAGACGCCCACGUUUACCACAUACAUUCCAAUUGAUAUUUCGGAGUAGGUUUCCUAUGGAGCAGAGCCAUGCAGCCACACCACACAUCAACUAAUAGUAUACAGCAAUCGCAACCACAAUAUUUUGGACAACUUUACAAGCAGCAGCAACUCUGAGGACUAUACAUAGAUGUAUACUUAACGGAUAUAACUACCCAUGCAUAUAUUAUAUAUAAAUAUAUACCUACUAUAUAUAUAUAAAAAGCAUAACAACAAGUGUUCUUUAAGCAGCCGCGUUGCCUUUCUUCAGCUAUGCUUAAUUGAAACUCCAUUUCAAAAAAAAAAAAAAAAAACACCAGCCACAAUCUAUCGAGAAGGCUUUGACUUACUUAGCCCGCCUGCAUGUUUGUUUGCUUAAUUAAUAUUAAAACAUUUGUGUUUGACAUACAGAUGUACACAGGCAAACGCAUGAAUAUAAUUAUGUAGCUCGCUGUCAAUUAAAAUGUAUCGAUCGCCUGAAGGAGCGCUUCCCGAUCCUUCAAAAUGUUUAUUUUAUAUUAUAUUUUUUAUUCUGCAAGGA